UGUCGGCGCGCGGCUUAGAUCACAAAGCGCAUCCGCACCCUUUGUCAGCGAGCGCCGCCGGCACACCUGCAACGGUCGACGGCAGGCGGCUUGGAUCACAGAGGGCGUCGGCACCCUUUGAUGGCUCGGGUCACCGGCAUAUUUGCAACGAUCAACGGCAGGCGGCUUGAAUCACAGAGCGCACCGGCACCCUUUGACGGCUCCGGUCACCGGUACACUUGCAACGUUCGUGGCGGUCGGCUUGGAACACACACCGCAGCGGCACCCUUUGAUGGUGCGGGUCGCCGGCACACUUCAACGUUCGCGGCGGGCGGCUUGGAUCACAUACCGCAGCGGCACCCUUUGAUGGCGCGAGUUGCCGGCACACUGGCUGACUAUAAAAAGAGCUGCUGUACAAUCCUUAGCUCAGAAGCGAGCGAGUCACCGUAUCAGACAGAACGCUCCUGCGUAAUAUACGCUCUGAGUUAACAUUUCUGGUUUUAUUGACUUACGAAGACCACCCGCUUACCAUGUCGCUACCCGAAAGUGGAAA